CGGCUCCCGCCCGCCCGCCCGCCCGGCCCGGCCCCGCGGCGCCCAUGCGGCUGCAGCCCCCGCCAGCGCCUCGCCCCGGUGCCAGGAGGAUGCUCGCCGCCUCCCCGCGAGCCAGGAAGGGCGCCGCCGCCGAGAGCCGCUACCCGCUGCACGCGCUGGUCUGGCACGACCGCCCCGGCGAGCUGGAGAGGGAGCUCGGCAGCGGCAAGCAGGUGGAUGUUGAGCAGGUGGAUCCCCGAGGCCGAACGCCCUUGCACCUGGCCACCACCCUGGGCCACUUGGAGUGUGCACGGGUUCUGCUGCGGCAUGGCGCUGAUGUGGCCAAAGAAAACCGGAGCGGCUGGACAGUGUUGCAGGAGGCGGUGAGCACUCAGGACCUGGAGCUCGUCCAGCUGGUGCUGCGCUACCGUGACUACCAGCGAGCGAUCAAGCGCUUGGCCGGGAUCCCCAUCCUGCUGGAAAAGCUGCGGAAGGCCCAAGAUUUCUAUGUGGAGAUGAAAUGGGAAUUUACUAGUUGGGUUCCCCUGGUCUCCAAGAUCUGCCCCAGCGACACGUACAAGGUGUGGAAGUGCGGCCAGAACCUGCGGGUGGACACGACGUUGCUGGGGUUUGACCACAUGACAUGGCAGCGCGGGAACCACAGCUUCAUCUUCCGGGGACAAGAUACAAGUGCGGUGGUCAUGGAGGUGGAUCACAACCGGCGGGUGGUUUACUCCGAGACUCUGGCGCUGGCUGCCCACGACCAAGACACCGUCCUUGCGGCAAUGCAGCCCACCGAGGAGCAGGUGAUGGGGCGCCUCAUGGCCCCCGUGGUCACCACGCAUCUGGACACACGCAAUAUUGCCUUUGAGAGGAACAAGACGGGUAUUUUAGGAUGGAGGAGCGAAAAGACGGAGGUGGUGAACGGGUACGAAGCCAAGGUUUACGGGGCUUCCAAUGUGGAACUGAUCACCCGGACACGGACGGAGCACCUUUCCGAACAGCACAAAGGGAAGACCAAAGGUGGCAAAACCCCACUGCAGUCCUUCCUGGGCAUCGCCGAACAACACGUGGGUCCCAAUAACGGGGCCCUCAUCACGCAGACACUGAGCCACGCCAACCCCACCGCCAUCACGCCGGAGGAGUACUUCAACCCCAGUUUCGAGCUGGGGACCCGUGACAUGGGGCGGCCGAUUGAGCUGACCACCAAGACCCAGAAGUUCAAAGCCAAGCUGUGGUUGUGCGAAGACCACCCCUUGUCGCUGGCUGAGCAGGUGGCCCCCAUCAUUGACUUGAUGGCCGUCAGCAACGCCCUUUUUGCCAAACUCCGGGAUUUCAUCACGCUGCGCCUGCCACCCGGCUUCCCCGUCAAGAUUGAAAUCCCCAUCUUCCACAUCCUCAAUGCCCGCAUCACCUUUGGGAACCUGAACGGCUGCGACGAGCCCGUGGUCUCUCUCCGUAGCACGGGCAGCCCUGGCAGCGAUGCCCCCUCGCCAGGGAGUGACCGCUCCAGCAUCAGCAGUUCCAGCUCCCUUGGCUCCUGCCGCUGCUUCGAGAUGGACCCCUCCCUCUUUGAGGCCCCCCCGGGUUACAGUGUUGUCGGGAGGCACCCAGAGCCGUUGCGGGAAGACGACGACGACCUGUUGCAGUUCGCCAUCCAGCAGAGCUUGCUAGAGGCGGGCAGCGAAUAUGACCAGGUAACCAUUUGGGAAGCUUUGACUAACAGCAAACCAGGUACCCUGCCCAUGUCCCAGGAAGGGCGCAGAGUCAACCGGACACCCCAGCACACGCCACCCCCACGGCCUGCCACCCCCCAGCAGCCGCUUCCUCCGGCAGGCAGGGGCCCCAGCCACGGGCUGCCCACGUACGCCGAGCAGCUGCGCCUGGCCAUGGAGCUCUCGGCGAAGGAGCAGGAAGAGGCCGAGCGGCGUUCCCGCCAGGAGCAGGAGGACCUGGAGCGGAUCCUGCGCCUCUCCCUGACUGAACAAUAGGGGAGUCCCAAGGAGGCUGGGGGGGCACUCCCGCACAGCCCCAGCCAGCCUCCGGAGGAGGCUGCCGGCCAGCACAAAUGGACUGUGCCUUCCCCACCUCUGGCCCAGCUUGUGCACAAACCUGGACCCAAACAGGA